AUGUCGAGGUGGAUACUGAUAGGCAUAUUUAUACUGAUUGUUUCAACACAUAUUCAUGAUCCUGUUCAUCGUGAUUUAGCUGACGACGCAGAUAUUGAUCAGCUAAGAACUUGGUGUUUAGCCCAGUAUUCAAAUUCGAUGACUGUUUAUAACUCAUUCAUAACAAUAUUUCAUUUUUUAAUGCCGUUUGGAAUUAAUAUUCUUUCUGCUAUUUGGUUAAUUAUAGGCUUAGCUCGAAGUCAUGAAGCUGUUCAACACGAUCAAUCCUAUAGACAACAUAUCAAAGCUCAAUUUGAUCAACAUCGACAUAUAUUAAUCACACUAUGCUAA